AGCAACCUGGGGCUGCAAUCGCUGCGUUUUGAAAGGGGGCGGGGGAGGUAGAAUCCAACAAGGAAACGGAGGAAGGGGGGACUUGAAGGAGAAGAAAGGAUCGUGACAAGAGCAGUUUCAGAGAAGCUUUUGCCAUCCGGCUCUACACGACAUCGAGCUUUAUUUUAUUUGUUUGGGUAAUCUUUCUCUCUCGCUCUGACUCUCUGCUCCGCUAUUAAUCUCCUCUUACACUCGCAUAAUCAUUCUUGUACUCCCUCUCCGUCCCCUUUGGAUGUACAGCCGUGCGCUGUUGCCUGCGGUAUUCAACCUUGUGAUCGAACUUCUCUCUUCUCGUUGUCGUGUAUUGCUCCCUAAUCCCUGCGAUCAGAUUCUUGCUGGUAUUUCGGGGGGCGAGUUCGGAGAUCUGAGUUGAGUAUAAAAAUUUCGGAGUGGUUUUCUUAGUUUUAUUUCGUCUGUUGGAAGGGGUUUGGGUAGAGUUUUGCCUUGCUGCCUUUGGAACUUGUGGCGGGUUGCGCAAGGUGUUAUCGUUGGAUAUAUUGUGGAACCUGAUAUUAGAAACAGUGAAGAGGCGUAAUUACGUGUUGUGUGACAAGGGAUUUGAGCUGAGUAGGGACUUCGUUUGACGAGGAAAGAGAUACCGGUAAACACGGAUACAUGCAUUGUCAGGGUUGAAGGGAGUUGGAAUUGUGAGUUUUGUGAAGGAAAAUCCGUGGUGGAAGCUUUUGUGUUGACAAGCCGCGUUUUAGAGCUGUAUUGAGGAGGUUUGGUUUGUGCUGUGGAUGGUGUAGUAAUUUCGUGGUGAAAAAAGAUGGUGGUGUUCACUAUUUCUCACAGCGUUGCUUGGAAGAGUAGUUUCGGAGGCUGUAGUGUGCUGAAAAAUGCCUCAGAGCCUGAAGUCUCCUCUAGUACCAGGGAUGAUCAUGUGCGUCAGCCCGUGACAAAACUAUCACCACUCGUGUGGGGUUUGGGAAGACAGCAGUUCGAUGGAUAUGCUGCGCAGUCAUCAGCCGGGUCUCUCUCUUCUGCUUCGGCUUCAUCAUUUCCCGAGGAAUGGUGGAGAAAAAACUCAAAUAACGUCGCUGACUCUAUGGGUGGACUCCGAGCCACUCAUCAUACUCAAACAGUCAGUAUGUUUCCAGAGCGUAGAUCCAUUCUGGACUGGGAUAACACGUCGGAUAAGUGGAAAGAACACGCAUUCCAUGAGACGGCAACGAGCAGAGGUGUCCAUGGCCGUGUGCCCGUGUUCGUGAUGUUACCGUUGGACAGCGUGAAUAUGAAUAAUACUCUGAACAGGCGUCGAGCGUUGAAUGCCUCCUUGAUGGCUUUGAAAUCUGCUGGCAUUGAAGGGAUUAUGAUGGAUGUCUGGUGGGGGAUUGUUGAGAAAGAUGCGCCCCUGAAUUACAAUUGGUCUGCAUAUCGUGAGUUAAUCGAGAUGGCGCGAAAGCACGGGUUGAAGGUGCAGGCUGUUAUGUCCUUUCAUCAAUGUGGCGGUAAUGUUGGGGAUAGUUGCAACAUUCCCCUACCUCCAUGGGUUCUUGAAGAGAUACAGAAGAAUCCUGACCUGGCCUACACCGACAAGUCAGGAAGACGUAAUGCUGAGUACAUUUGUCUUGGUGCCGACAACGUGCCAGCCCUGAAGGGAAGGACACCUGUACAGUGCUACGCUGACUUUAUGAGGAGUUUCAGAGACAACUUCGAAGAUCUCCUUGGAGAUGUUAUCAUUGAAAUACAAUGUGGAAUGGGACCAGCUGGCGAACUUCGCUACCCUUCAUAUCCGGAAAGUGAAGGAAGGUGGCGAUUCCCAGGUAUAGGCGAGUUCCAAUGUUAUGAUAAGUACAUGCUUGCGGGUUUGAAAGCGAGUGCGGAGGCUGUGGGCAUGCCUGCUUGGGGCACUAGUGGUCCUCACGAUGCUGGAAACUACAACCAAUGGCCCGAUGAUACUGGUUUCUUCCGCAAGGAUGGUACAUGGUCUACAGACUACGGACAGUUCUUCAUGGAGUGGUAUUCUGAAAUGCUUCUUGCUCAUGGUGAACGCAUCCUAUCAGUGGCUACUGGCAUCUUCAGGGAUACUGAAGCUGUUAUUUCAGGCAAAGUUGCUGGUAUUCAUUGGCACUACGGCACAAGAAGUCAUGCCGCCGAGCUAACAGCAGGGUAUUAUAACACUCGGACAAGGGACGGAUAUGCUCCCAUUGCCCAGCUAUUCGCGAAGUAUGGCGUUACACUGAACUUCACAUGUUUUGAAAUGCGAGACCUUGAGCAGCCUUCCCAUGCUUUAUGCAGUCCGGAGGGUUUAGUGAAACAAGUAGCUUUUGCUACUAGGACAGCUGGAACCCCAAUGGCCGGAGAGAACGCUCUUCCUAGAUUUGACAGUUCAGCACACGAACAGAUAAUCACCUCGUCGAGGUUGCGUAUGCCUGUAGAAGGAGACUGUCAUCAAGAUUAUGAACCUAUGGCUGCCUUCACCUUUCUGAGAAUGUCUGAAAGCAUGUUUCACAGCGAAAACUGGAGACUGUUUGUUCCAUUCGUUCGUCACAUGGAGGAGGGUCGUACGUUUCAACCAUGGGAAGAAGAGCACCAAAGAACAGAAACUCAUGUAAAAGCCACUGGACCCUUGGUUCAAGAAGCAGCCUCGUUGAUGUUACAUUAGUGUGUAUACUUUUCAUGAGGAUAGGAUGACGGCUAUUUACUUUCUUUUUUCUCUUCUUUCUUCCUGUUACAUAUACCUAUACAUAAUUGUAGUUAGUAAGAUUAAUAUUCAAUUAGACAAAAUUCCUCCCUUCGAGAUGAGGACUCUUUAUUCUACUCAAUAAGGAGAGUAGACUUGAACGCAAAAUUAUUCUUUCGAUCUGUGAACAGACUUACUGCCUUAGCAAUUUUGUACACAGGCACAAGAUGCAUUGUCUGGGGUACGGUUGUAUUAUAGAUUUAAAAUUUUAGCGGUUAUUCGAAUAAGUUUCCAGCUCACAAAUUUUAGACGAGUGACGUCGUCAUUGAAAUACAAUUCAAAAUAAAAAUAAAAAUGACUAGAUUGUUUGUCUCGAA